GGCGUUUAGAAUCACACACACCUCUUAGCUGAACAGCCGAAACAGGGUAAGGAAGGACUUGGAGAAAUUCAACAUGCAAAAUGUAUCUGAUUACAUCUAUCUGAAAGCUUAUGGUAUUUAAUCAGGGCAUAUUAAUGGUGUAUGGCAAUGCUUCUUUGGAUAUGCGAAACAAGGGAAUAUACAUGCUGAUAGUCGCUUGAAGACUAACAACAAGUUUAGCUACCUAGCUAACAGCUAAGCUUUCUUGAGUUGCAUUCGAAUAGUCUCGAAAACGCGACCCUGUUGGUUUUCGAGACUAAGGGUUGGUUUUCGAGACUAAAAACAAACGGCUCACUUACGCUCUUAAAAGGGUCAAAUAAAAUCAGAUAGCUAACUACAGUAGCUUGCAGUGAAUAUUUACCCUUUGACUAGCCAGAGAGAUCUGCGCAUGUCAUCAACGUUUACAAGUUGUUACAGCAAGCAAGAUUUCUAGCUACAGUAGCUAGUUAUUUGGGUGACAACUCAGCGUGGUGUUUUGUUACAAGAACCCCUCUGCUCUUUUGAGCUAUGAGGAAGUCACGUGCCCAAAGUAGUUGUCCCUCUGUGAAAGGUGAGUUCACUGUCAUUUGCUGUGUCAACAUCAGUAUGAGUUCUAUUGGCUAUAGGUUUCUGUUGAGACAUUACUUUAAUUUGUUUUAUGUGUGUCCUUCAUCUUCAAGUUUAACGUUUUAUUAGUCGUAUGUACAGGGUACACAUGGUAUACACCGUCCAUCGAAAUGCUUACUUGCAGGUUCCUUCUCGACAAUGCAACAACAAUAAGAAAUAAUAGAAGAUACGAAUACGAACAUAAAGUAAAUGGUUCAGUAGAAUAGAAAACAUUUUUAAGUUAAGUAUAGUACAGGAAGGCACAGUUUAUACUCAAAUAUUGACAUGUAUUUUGGGGAAGGGGGGAUUGGGGGUCAAGUGUUUAAAUGGUGCAUUAUUUAGCAAUCAUAAUAAGAGUCUGGUAGCAGCAGUUGUGAUGUGUGUGUAGCAUGAAUGUGUGGCUGUGUAUGUCUUGUGUGAGUGAGUGCAUGUGUGCUAAGGUGUGGAGAAUCUGAGCUGGUGGUCAGUCCAGUUCAAGUGUUCAGCAGUCUGAUUGCUUGUAGAGAGAAACUGUCUCUGAGCCUGUUAUUGUCAGAUGUCGUGCUCUGAUACGGUCUGCCUGAUGGUAAGGGAGUGAACAGCUCGUGGCUGGGGUCCUUGAUGAUGCUGCGGGCCUUCCUCAGGCACCAUUUCGAGUAGAUGUCCUGGAUGGGUUGGAGCAUUGUCUCCGUGAUGUACUGGGCCGUCUUCACCACCCUCUGGAGGGCCGUGCGGUCGUGGAUGGAGCAAUUUCCAUACCAGGCCGUGAUUCAACCGGUCAGGAUGCUCUCGAUGGUGCAGCAGUAGUAUUUGGAGAGGACCCGGGGUGGCAUGCCAAAUUUCUUCAGCAGCCUUAGGAAGUAGAGACGCUGUUGCGCCCUCUUGACAAGAGUGGUGUUGUUGUUGGUCGAUGUCAAGUCCUCGGUGAUGUGGACGCUGAGGAACUUUAAACUACUGACUCUCUCUACUGCAGUUCCGUUGAUGUGGAUCAGGGUAUGUUCCCUCCUCGGCUUCCUGAAGUCAAUAAUCAACUCCUUUGUUUUGCUGACGUUGAGGAAGAGGUUGUUGUCCUGGCACCACAUGCCGGUUCACUUACCUCCUCCCUAUAGGCGGACUCGUCGUUGUUGGUUAUCAGGCAGACAACCGUUGCGUCGUCAGCAAACCUUAUGGAGUUGGUAUCGGGCCACGCAGUUGUGGGUGAACAGGGAGUACAGCAGAGGGCUGAGGACACACCCCUGGGGGGGCCCUGUGUUAAGAGUCAGUGUGGAGGAGGUGUUGUUGUCAAUCCAGUCUGGUUUGCUCGUCAGGAAUUCCAGGAUCCAGUUGCAAAGGUGGUUUCCAGACCCAGGACUUUGAGCUUGGUGUCGAGCUUGGAGGGAACAAUGGUGUUGAAUGCUGAACUGUAGUCAAUGAGCAGCAUUCUCACAUAGGUGUUCCUAUUGUCCAGAUGUGUGACGGUCAUGUGAAUAGCGAUGGAAAUGGCAUCUUCUAUGGAUCUGUUGGAACGGUAGGCAAAUUGGAGUGGGUCCUGUGUGCCUGGCAUGCUGGCCUUGCUGUGGGUCAUGACCAGCCUCUCCAAGCACUUCAUGAUGACAGUGGUGAGUGCGUUGGGGCGAUUAGUCAUUUGGGCAUGUUUUGCUUAGGCACUGGGACAAUGGUUGUCUCCUUGAAGCAGGAGGGGACUACAGCCUGGGACAGGGACAUGUUGAAGAUGUCAGAGAAGACGCCUGCCAGCUGGUCAGCAGCACACACUGACGACGCGGCCAGAAAUGCCAUCUGGGUCGGCUGCUUUGUGAGUUCACUCUUUUGAGAGUUUUACUCACGUCAGCCUCGGCGAGUGAACGCACCUGGUCAUCCGGAGCAGCAAGAGUCUUUCUGGAUGGCUUGGUAUUGUCUGCCUCGAAGUGAGCAUAGAAUGAGUUAAGCUCGUCUGGGAGGGAGGCUUCUGUAGGCACCACACAGCUGGAUUUGCCUUUGUAGUUCGUGAUAGUCUGUAGUCCAUGCCACAUGCGUCGUGAGUUUGAAUUAUCAAAUAUCAUUUCAAGUUUGAGUCUAUAUUGUACUUUUUCCGUCCCUAAUGGAUUUGCGGAGCUUGUACUUGCUUGCCUCCGAGUCAUCAGGGUUUGUUCUGCUGACAUUGAAUGCUGCAGUACGGGCUCUCGGCAUGGUACGGAUAUCUCCAUUCAUCCAGAUUUUUUGGUUGGGGUAUGUCCGGAUUGUUAUUGUGAGUACAACAUCAUCAACACAUUUCUUAAUGAAGCCUGUGACUGACGAUGUAUAUUCCUCAAUGUUGAUGGAUGAGUCCUGGGUGGAUGAAUCUUUGAAAAUAUUCCAAUCAGUAUUCUCAAAACAGUCCUGCAGCGUUGUUUCUGCCUCCUCUGUCCAGCGCCUCACUAUUCUCUGUGUUGGUGGCUCCCUCUUGAGUUGCUGCUUGUAGGCACAGAGAGACGUGAUCUGAUUGGCCGAAGUGGGGGUGUGGGAUGGCUUUGUACGCUUCACAGAUGUUUGUAUAUACAUAGUCCAGCACAUUUUUUUUUCUUGUGGUGCAGGAUACAUGUUGGUGAUAGUUAGGGAAAAUGUGUUUUAAACGUGCUUGGUUAAAAUAACCCGCAACAAUAAAGACUGCUUCCGUGUGUGACGAUUCUUACUGGCUAAUGAUCUUACACAGUCCGCUGAGUUCUGCCUUGGUAUUUGCUUGUUGCAGUAUGUACACAGCUGUGAUAAUAACACACGUGAGUAGUGGGGUCGGCAUUUUAGCAUCAGAAAUGCCAGGUCGGGUGAACAGGAGCUCAAGAUGUUUUCAACUUCGGUACACCAGGAAUUGUUGAGGAAACAUCCCUCCGUUCGAUCCAUAAGCCGCCGUUCGAUUCAUACGGAAAAUGGAUUGAAGCCUUGCUCUAAGUUCACAAAGUGUAUUUCCCCCAACACAAGGUGCACCUUUGUAAUUAUUAUUCGGUUUAAUCAGCUUCUUGAUAUGCCACACCUGUCAGGUGGAUGGAUUAUCUUGGCAAAGGAGAAAUGCAUACUAACAGGGAUGUAAACAAAUGUAUGCACAAAAUGAGAGAAAUCAGUUUUUUGUGCGUUUGGAAAAUAUUUGGGAUCUUUAAUUUCAGCUCAUGAAACAUUGGACCAACACUUUACAUGUUGCAUUUAUAUUUUUGUUCAGUAUGAUAGCGAAAUCACAUAAAUGCUGCUAACUUAAUGCUAAUGAGUGAAAACAAACCAACUAAUUGCAAAGACAGGCAAAUCCAGCUCAUCAAGUUAUUCAAGCAUAGCUAGUAGCUACCGAAAUGUUAUUUUCGGUGAGUGUGGACAUUUUACAAGCGAAAGUGAAUUAGGGAAAUUGUGCAAAUGAACAACGUUGUGAUGCAUGCUUUUCUAAAGGAAGAGCAGCAUGUGUACACAGAGCAGAGGGGAGAAGAAUGGAAGAGAAAAUUAAACGCUAGUAGGAAGCACAGGGAAGAAAUGGCAGCUGUACAGACAACUCAUCAGAGCUCUUUGAUUUCUGGCAAAAAGCCAUUAUAAGAUGUCUGAUGGCGAACAUUUAGUAGUGAAUUGCAUACAAGUGUAAGCAAUCUGCUUUAUCGCCUAAAGAAUUGCUCAAGUUGACUGCAGGUAUUAACUUAAAAAGUUGCAACAAAUAUUCACAUUUAUUGAAAAACCAUCCUGUGGCUUUUUCCAAGUUACCCUGGAAUACGGUAUAUAAGGUAUACCACCCAAGCCUAUUAGCCAGCAGAAUACUAGGAUGAGGAGGCCGUGUAGCCCGUCUUUUCAGCCUAGUUUGGAAUCCCCUUUUCUUCGUCAGGUAAGCCCGCUGUGCGGGGAACAAAGGAGUGAAUGUAGUAUUUCAGGUCUGGGAGGCUGAGAGAAGUGUGUAGCUUCCGACUCAUGAUCCAGAAGUGUUUGUCGGUUGUAGGAAAUUAUUGCAUCAGCAUUCUGAGCAAACAAAGUAAUAACACAAAAAUAGCCAUAAAAAAAAGCUAUGUCGAGCAGGAACUGGUAAGACGCGCACCCUCCUCAGCGCAGCCAUCUUAUCAUCUGCUACUUGUUCUUCUUCUUCAGCCCUGAGGUCGUUAACCCUGAUGAUUGUACGUCAGUUCACCAGCAGAGGCGUCACCUCUCAUCUGUGUGCCCGAUUUAAAGCGCCCCGGACCCAGAACAGACAGGACAUGGCCAGACCCAGCUCAGGUAGGACUGUGGUAGUCUAGUACACACACUUGUUUUUCUAUCCUCGUUGCGACCUAAAAUUGAUUUCCAUUCAAAAUCCUAAUUUCUCUAACUUCUACACUUAACCCCUAAAGCUAACCCCAACGCCUAACCCUAAACCUAACCCCUUAGCUUGAAAUAGCCUUUGUCCUCGUGGAGAUGUGGGAAAUGUCCUAACGAGGGAAAAUCUUCCAUGUUUUACUAUCGUUGUGGGGACUUUUAGGACAGAAGAAGACGACCACACAGACGCACACCUUCUGCUGUGUGCUUUACUUUUUUGUCUGUCUGUGUGUCUGUCUGUGUGUUUUCAGACCUAGCAGCGUUCCGAGAGGUGUUCUCUAAAGCCAAACAUGUGGCAAUCUUGACGGGAUCAGGGGUUAGUGCUGAGAGUGGGGUCCCAACCUUCAGAGGAGAAGGAGGCUUCUGGAGGAAAUGGCAAGCCCAGGUAAACGCACCCCAUUGUGCAUCCUAAAUGGCACCCUAUUCCCUUUAUAGUGCACUACUCUUCCACCCUCUCCAUCCCCUAUCUUGCACCUCUCUCCUUUUUUCUUUCCUUGUUUCUCUCUCUCACUUCCCCCUUUUCUCCAUCACUCUGUUUUUUUUUACCUCACUUUGUCCUCCCCCCCCCCAAUCAGGACCUGGCCACCCCUGGUGCGUUCAGUCAGAACCCGUCCAGGGUAUGGGAGUUCUACCACUACCGCAGGGAGUUGAUGCUGACGAAGAGCCCCAACUCUGCUCAUAUGGCCAUAGCAGAGUGUGAGGCCAGGCUGCAGAAACAGGGGCGCCGCGUCACCGUCAUCACCCAGAACAUCGAUGAGCUGCAUCGCCGAGCCGGAUCCACCAACAUCUUGGAGAUACACGGUACUGUAACCACGGCAAUGUCACUCAGACUGACUUUCACUGUCCUGACUAGUUAGCUAGUAGAUCCACGGUAAUAAUGCAAUGUGACUUUCACUGUGUGUGCGUCCCAAAUGGCACCCUAUCCCCUAUGUAGUGCACUACCUUUGACCAAAGCCCUACAGGUGGUGUCAUCUUCUAGUGCACUAUAGGGAAUAGGUGCCAUUUGGGACGGAACCUGUGUCUGACUAGCUAGUAGUUGUAUUGGGGGACUCAUGUUGUUAUUAAAGUGUAGAUUUAGAGAAGAUUGUUUAAGGCCAGUUUCACUCCAUUGUGUAAUAGUCAAUCCAUCCUGGGUACUCACACUGGGCUGUAGAUAUACCAUACAAGCUUUCAGACUGCGGCUGUUCCCGACCCCAAAAAAGAUCUUGGUCAACCGAGAGUUUAAAUAUAUUUUUCCAUAUAUAGAGACACACCUUAUGUGUUUGAAUAAAAGCAACUACAUCUGCACUGAGCUUGUGUGAUACUUUAAGCACACUGUUUGAUUAAAUAAUUAAGACACACAAAUGACUAAAAGAAGAGCCAAUGGUCACACCGCGUUUUAAAAAAUGACAGCGAGUGCCUGUGUGACUGGCGCAUGUUGUCUGUCUCUCCUCCCUACUGCAGCGAAAAGGCACCACAGCACAGCAAGUGUUUAUUGCGCUGUCCAUGCUGAACCUGCAACAUCAUUUCAGCCAUUUAGUUUCUUACUCGUUUCUGACUGAAAAGUUCUGUUACCGAAAUCCCUAAUUUGUUUAGGAUAAACAUUCCCUAAGUUACGGUAUUAAGACUUAACAGGACGCGCUCUUAGGCCUACAGCUCGAUGGUGGUUAUACAAGGCUACUAUACAAAGCCUACUAAUAAUAACGACAUUACUUAUUAUUAUAAUGAUGAUCUUAAUAAUAAUUGUAAUAAUAACAAGAAGGAGAUCUAGAAAAAGGAGGGUAUAGGAGCGAGAGCUGCUUGCGUAUUAUGUGUGACAAACCGGUGCUGUUAGAUUACAAUAUACAUUUUCUGCCUGUUUGGAACAGUGUAAACAACACUAAAUAAAUUAUAAUUUAAUACCAGUCUGUUCUAAUGAAAAACAAUUGUUAAGCCUUUAUUAUUGCUUUAUCCAACAUUUUGCUGUUGCAUGAGGGUUGGUGCUCAUGGAAUCAGUAGGCUAUUAAACAAACACCCAAUCAGGCAAUAGAAGCAAGAUCUGUCUUAUAUGGAUGAUUUAUAAAGCCAGGCACAUUUAAGUUAAGCAUUUGAUUAUAGACCUAAUUAAGUUGGUUUGCUCUCUCCUCAAUUAGGCUAAGCCCUAUUCGCACGGAACUAGUAUUACUAGAUAACGUUGGUUAGGUAAUUGUUACCCCAGAAUAUCCGUUAUUCCAGAGGACGAUUCGGACGGGAUUCGUUUUUUCCCAACGGUAAUUCUUUCUAUUUUUCCAAUAAAUUGACAGUUAUGACAGCAGCCUGGAGAUUUUUUUCUAGCCGUGAAGAUAAUUCAACAAGUCCAGGCAAUAACAGGGCUACACUGAUAACUCGUGCUUGGUUCCCAAGUCUCUAAACCAUACCAAACCAUCUUUUGAUAUAGUGUCGACAUAAUAUUUGAAUUGAGGAAGUGUGAUCAUAAUCCUUUGGAUAUUUUAGCGAUCCACAGUAGAUUACCUAAAUUCCCCCCCAGCCUUCGGAUGUGAGCCAAACAGUGCACUUGAGAUGUGUUUUAAGGCUAGGGAUGCGAAAGUGAACUUAUCAUUUCCAAACGUUUACGUCAGUUGUAUGCUGCUUUGCAAUCUAUUAACAGCAAGGAUGACAUUAAAUAUGCGCAAUAUUUUUGGCUGAUGCAUUUGGCAAUAUUCAAUGAAUACGCACAAAACAUAUGAACAAAAGCAUUCACUGUGAAAGUUGAUAGAUGUAGGCCCUUCAUAUAUAGGCUAUGCGAAGCACUUCAUGCAAUUUAUCAAUUCAAUUAUUGUUUUCUUGCUCAAACCGUGAGCAACACCUGUCAAACUCAGACAUUUCUCUCAAAACACAGGGAUGCCGAUUCGCACGGGACUAGUAUUGUCAGAGGACCUUGGAGUUCGACAAAAAACAGUAGGAUAUUCUGGCUGAAAUUGUUACACUGCUGCCAUGUACAAAUUACUGACAUUUUUUGGACUGGACAGAUAUGGUGUUUUGUGCUUUUGCACAUAAUUACAUUACAUGACCACCCCCAGUAAAACUAAUUCUGUUCGAAUAGGGCUUAAGGCAAGGGCUGUUUCCUCAUCUCUGCUGCCUCCGCCGCAUUGUUCUCAAUCCCAAUAUGCUGGUUAAUUUAGCUAUUAUGCACAUAGCAACAUAGGGAAAGGUGCCAAUUCUACGACGCGCUGAAGAUUAUGUUUCAGAACCGCGGACAACGACCAUAUACAGACAUCAAAACUAUGAAAUAACACAUAUGGAAUCAUGUAGUAACCAAAAAAGUGUUAAACAAAUCAAAAUAUAUUUUAUAUUUGAGAUUCUUCAAAUAGCCACACUUUACCUUGAUGAGAGCCAAGAGUGUGCAAAGCUGUCAUCAAGGCAAAGGGUGGCUAUUUGACCCCCCCUUUAUUCAGGGACAUAUUAUUCAAUUUCUCAAGGACAUUGAGACUUGUCCCGAAGCCACUCCUGUGUUGUCUUGACUGUGUGCUUAGGGUCAUUGUCCUGUUGGAAGGUGAACCUUCGCCCCCUAGUCUGAGGUCCUGAGCGCUCUGGAGCAGGUUUUCAUCAAGGAUCUCCCUGUACUUUGCUCCAUUCAUCUUUCCCUCAAUCCUGACUAGUCUCCCAGUCGCUGCUGCUGUAAAACAUCCCCACAGCAUGAUGCUGCCACCACCAUGCUUCACCGUAAGGAUGGUGGCAGGUUUCCUCCAGACGUGGUCCUCUGUAGCUCAAUUGGUAGAGCAUGGCGCUUGUAACGCCAGGGUAGUGGAUUCGAUCCCCGGGACCACCCAUAUGUAAAAAUUUAUGCACGCAUGACUGUAAGUCGCUUUGGAUAAAAGCGUCUGCUAAAUGGCAUAUUAUUGACAUUCAGGCCAAAGAGUUCAAUCUUGGUUUCAUCAGACCAUAUAAUAUUUUUUAUCAUGGUCUGAGAGUCCUUUAGGAGCCAAACGGGUUGUCAUGUGCCUUUUACUGAGGAGUGGCUUCCGUCUGGCCACUCUACAAUAAAGGCCUGAUUGGUGGAGUGCUGCAAAGAUGGUCAUCCUUCUGGAAGGUUUGCCCAUCUCCACGGAGGAACUCUGGAGCUCUGUCAGAGUGACCAUCGGGUUCUUGGUCACCUCCCUGACCAAGGCCCUUCUCCCCCGAUUGCUCAGUUUGGCCGGGCUGCCAGCUCUAGGAAGAGUCUUGGUGGCUCCAAACUUCUACCAUUUAAGAAUGAUGGAGGCCACUGUGUUCUUGGGGACCUUCAAUGCUGCAGACAUUUUUUGGUACCCUUCCCCAGAUCUGUGCCUCGACACAAUCCUGUCUCGGCGCUCUGCGGACAAUUCUUUUGACAUCAUGGCUUGGUUUUUGCUCUGACAUGCACUGUCAACUGUGGGACCUUAUAUAGACAGGUGUGUGGCUUUCCAAAUCAUGUCCAAUCAAUUGAAUUUACCCCAGGUGGAUUCCAAUCAAGUUGUAGAAACAUCUCAAGGAUGAUCAAUGGAAACAGGAUGCACCUGAGCUCAAUUUUGAGUCUCAUAGCAAAAGGUCUGAAUACUUAUGUAAAUAAGGUAUUUCUGUUUUCACUUUGUCAUUAUGGGGUGUUGUAUGUAGAUUGAUGAGGAUUUUUAUUUAUUUACCGUAAUCAAUUUUAGCAUAAGGCUGUAACGUAAAACAAAAUGUGGACAAAGUCAAGGGGUCUGAAUACUUUCCGAAUGCACUCUAUAUACAGUACCAGUCAAAAGUUUCGACACAUCUACUCAUUCAAGGGUUUUUCUUUAUUUUUACUAUUUUCUACAUUGUAGAAUAAUAGUGAAGACAUCAACACUAUGAAAUAACACAUAUGGAAUCAUGUAGUAACCAAAGAAGUGUUAAAUAUAUAUUUUAGAUUCUUCAAAGUAGCCACCCUUUGCCUUGACAGCUUUGCACAGUCUUGGCAUUCUCUCAACCAGCUUCACCUGGAAUGCUUUUCCAACAGUCUUGAAGGAGUUCCCACAUAUGCUGAGCACUUGUUGGCUGCUUUUCCUUCACUCUGCGGUCCAAUUCAUCCAAAACCAUCUCAAUUGGGUUGAGGUUGGGUGAUUGUGGAGGCCAGGUCAUCUGAUGCAGCACUCCAUCACUCUCCUUCUUGGGUCAUUGUCCUGUUGAGAAACAAAUGAUAGUCCCACUAAGCGCAAACCAAAUGGGAUGGCGUAUUGCUGCAGAAUGCUGUGGUAGACAUGCUGGUGAAGUGUGCCUUGAAUUCUAAAUAAAUCACAGACAGUGUCAUCAGCAAAGUACCCCCACACCAUCACACCACCUCCUCCAUGCUUCACGGUGGGAACCACACAUGCGGGCAUCAUCCGUUAACCUACUCUGCAUCUCACAAAGACACGGCGGUUGGAACCAAAAUUCUCAAAUUUGGACUCAUCAGACCAAAGGACAGAUUCCACCUGUCUAAUGUCCAUUGCUCGUGUUUCUUGGCACAGGAAAGUAUCUUCUUUUUAUUGGUGUCCUUUAGUAGUAGUUUCUUAGCAGCAAUUUGACCACGAAGGCCUGAUUCACGCAGUCUCCUCUGAACAGUUGAUUUUGAGGUGUGUAUGUUACUUGAACUAUGUGAAGCAUUUAUUUGGGCUUCGAUUUCUGAGGCUGGUAACUCUAAUGAACUUAUCCUCUGCAGCAGAGGUAACUUUGGUUCUUCCUUUCCUGUGGGGUCCACAUUAGAGCCAGUUUCAUCAUAGCGAUUGAUAGUUUUGCGACUGCACUUGAAGAAACUUUUAAAGUUCUUGAAAUCUUCCGUACUGACCUUCAUGUCUUAAAGUAAUGAUGGACUGUCAUUUCUCUUUGCUUAUUUGAGCUGUUCUUGCCAUAAUAUGGACUUACCAAAUAGGGCUAUCUUCUGUAUACCACCCCUACCUUGUCACAACACAACUGAUUGGCUCAAACGCAUUAAGAAGGAAAUCAAUUCCACAAAUGAACUUUUAAGAAGGCACACCUGUUAAUUGAAAUGCAUUCCAGGUGACUACCUCAUGAAGCUUGUUGAGAGAAUGGCAAGAGUGUACAAAGCUGUCAUCAAGACAAAGGGUGGCUACUUUGAAGAAUCUAAAAUAAAAAAUAUAUUUUGAUUUGUUUAACACUUUUUUUGAUUACUACAUGAUUCCAUAUGUGCCAUUUCCAUAGUUUUGAUGUCUUCACUAUUAUUCUACAAUGUAGAACAUUUUAAAAAUUAAGAAAAACCCUUGAAUGAGUAGGUGUGUCCAAACUUUUGACUGGUACUGUAUGUAAAUGAGAUUAUCAAUAAAUGUUGUCCGUUAAUUAAAACAGGCUGUAACACAACAAAAUGUGAAAUAAGUCAAGGGGUAUGAAUAUUUUCAGAAGGCACUGUAGGCUUAUAGCUAUGUAAAGAGCACCCUCUUUAGGACAAAUAAUGAAAUGCAAAGAAAGUCAAUCUAUUAACUGCUUUUUUUCCAGUGCUUUUUCUCCACAUCUUAUAUUGGACCUUUUUGGUGGUUUAAAUGCCGAUAGAAAUAAAUUGGUAAAAGGCUAAUAUCGGUCAGGCUCUACAUGCAACUAAAGGUAUCUUCAUAGUCCCUAAAGCCAAAAAUAAUACUAGGCAACGGACAGUAAUGUAUAGAGCCAUGAUGCAUUAAUCUCCCUGCCAUCUCAAAUCACUCAAGCAGGCAGCAAAAGUAGCUUUAAAAAUCUAAUAAAACAGCACAUCAAAGCACAACGCCUCUGACCUAAAUAGCUGUAGCAUAUACCUCCCAAGCACAUCUGGUGUUUGGGUUAAAGAUAAGAUGUGCCUUUGAUAUCAGGGCCUGCUCAGAGAAAGCAAUUUUAAUCAAAGCCUCAGUAGAAUAAGGAUGUACUGCUCCAUAUAAUAUGAUAGUCUGGUCAGUUUACUGAUGUUUGUCAGUAGAGCAAAGUUUUAUUGAAGUGUAUUCUUAUUUUGUGUGUGACUGGUGGAUGCUGCUGGGUGUGAGUGUGGUGCGGGGAAUGAAAAUGGUACCGGAGGAAACUUCGUAUCAAGGAAACUUGAUUUAUUUUAUGAAUAAGUCCAAAGGCCAUGCACUAUACCUUAGCUAACCCUUUACGGGCGGUAGAUUGUAACACAUUACGCUAUACCCCAGUUAACCCUUUAUCGGCGGUAGACUGUAACACAGCAAAUGUUUGGUUUAGUUCAUUUCUAUGCACUAGACAGGGCGAAGGACGUAAGUGAAGCCCAUCUGCCGAUAAUAAUGACUCUGAUGAUUCAUAAUUUAAAAAGCUGAUAAUUGUGCAUGUGACUUGAUUGAUUGUGAAUAAUGAUGGUGAUGAUGGUGAGAGCUCAGUAAUUGUUACUUUGUGUUUCGAAAAUCUCAAUUGUUUCCAUUUCUAUAGUCGUGAUCAAAUGUCGACCUUUUACUAUAUCUGAAUAUUUUUGCAUAUACUGUCGCCUGUUUCCAUAACUGAUCAAAUUUCUGUAGGAUAUAAUAUUCUGCCCAUUUGAAUGAAUAUUUUAGGCCAUAGCCUAAAAAACGUCCGUACAUGAUUUAAUGAAAAGCAGGAGACACACGCAGCAUUGUUUCACAUUCUUUAAUAGGCCACAUCUCGACGUAUUGUACAAACUACGUAUGUCGUUUUGCUCGACAAAAACCCACAUAAGCUCUCCUCUUUUGUCUUUGUGACCAGGCUAUAUUAGUUGUGGUCAUAUUUUCUUUCUUACUCUCUCUCUGUGACCACAGGCAGUUUGUUUAAAACCUGCUGUAUGAGCUGUGGUCAUGUUGGGGUUAACCACAAGAGCCCCAUCUGUGAUGCCCUGGAGGGCAAAGGGUAAGUCACAGUCAAACUCAGGUCAGCAAUUCCUUGGUGUUGUUACAUGUAACUAUACAGUAACAGUAUUUAUUGCCAUCUCUCUCUCUCGCUUGCUCUCUCUAGUGCUCCAGACCCCAACACCAGUGAUGCUCAGAUCCCGCCUCAUGAUCUACCCAGGUGGGACCAUAGCAUUAUGAAUUAGAAUACUUAGUCAAAGUAACUUAAUAGGGUCUCUAUGGGUGGGACAAACUCGGUUACAUCUUGUAUAGAAAUGUAAGAUUUCUUGUCUUGAGUUUGUUCAUAUCUUCACCUUUUUAGAUGGCAGUUGAUCACAAUCAUAUUAAUUGUUGUAGAUUGUCAUGUUGGGAACGUGUUGAAGUGGUCUAACUGUGUCUGCCUCACCAGGUGUGAGCAGGGUGACUGUAGUGGUCUGCUCAGGCCUAAUGUGGUCUGGUUCGGGGAGACUCUGGACUCCGACAUCCUGACUCGCGUUGAAGAGGAACUAGACCUCUGUGACCUCUGCCUAGUGGUGAGGGAAUGCAUGUCUGUCUGUCUGUCCGGGUGUUUGUGUGUUCUGUCUUUCUUUGUGUAAUUUAUAUGUGAUUUUUCUUUUUGAGACCCUGCAGAGAUUUCUCAACAAUAUAAAUAAAAAGAAAUCACAAGAUGAUAUGUGCAUCUUCCUCUUGUGUUAUAGGUAGGUACGUCCUCCAUAGUGUACCCAGCAGCCAUGUUUGCUCCCCAGGUGGCGGCUAGAGGAAUACCAGUAGCUGAAUUUAACAUGGAGGAAACACCCGCCACCAUGCGCUUCAGGUUAUACACAUACUGUUGUCCAGUUUCUCCUAGUCCCGGGGACCCAAAGGGGUGCUUUUUUUGCCCAGCAAUAACACACUUGAAUCAACUAAUCAAUUCAUCAUCAAGCCUUGGGUUACUUGAACCAGGUGUGUUGGGGCAAAAACAACAAUGUGCACCCCUUUGGGACCCCAGGACCAGGAUUGGGAAACACUGCUGUCGCUUCAUAGUAAUGAUUCCCUAUAACAUCCUUUAACACCUGUCUCUCUGUGUGUUGCAGGUUCCACUUCCACGGCCCCUGUGGGACCACCCUGCCCCCUGCACUGGCACGACACGACAAUGAGCCCUGACUUCCCUGGGUCGAGCCAUAGUGCAGUUUACACAGACCGGACUCAAAUGCUGGAUGGGUGUGCUCAGGGGUGUAUUCAUUAGGGUAAAACAUUUAGCAACAGUUAACGUUCUGCAUUGAAAACAAUCGUUUCUUAUUGGACAAUUUCAGGUUAGUCGCUGCUCGUUUCAGCCAUUUGGUUCCUAAUGAAUACACCCCAGUUUUGUGAAUGUAAUGUAUGCUAUAGAAAAAACACUGUGCUGACAAUACCCCACACUCCCUAGGCUACCACUCUGGAUUUGUGUUAUUGCGUAAUAUGAAAACCCAUAUCAUGUCAAAAGAAUAAGUCACAAUUAUGACAUGUAGUCCGCUAUCUCAAGCACAAUGAUUCCUUUUCCCUUUGCAUAGGCAUAUUCAUCCAAUAUCAAUGCAUUAGAUCAUGGUGGUCGUUGCACGUUAGAUGGUACUUUUAUCAUAUUAAAAAUAUGAUAUAUAAAAUGUGGAAGGUUCAUAUCCGACCGUAGAUGCUUUUUAAAUCAGGUGUGUGUGCUGGCAGUAGUGGGCAGUGUUUAGCUAUAUUUGUUAUUGUCUGUCUACAGAGCAUGGGAAAAUCCCUGAUUUACUCCUAGCUGAUGCAUCUAAUUGCCAGUUCAUUGUAAAAGAGAAUGGGUUCUCAAUAACCUACCUGAUAAUACAUUAACAACUAUUUUGGUCAGUUUGAGUGGUUCUGAAGCCUGGUCCCACUUUACUUUGACUUGUAGUAUAUGAGUGUUCAUUGAUGUGUCUGUGCCUUCAGGAUGACUGGGUCAGGGUUGGAGUUGAGGUUAUGAUAAAAAAAAUGUCUAGUGAUGCUGUGUGUCCGUCUCUGUGUGUUAUUGCAGAGGAUCAUGUUUAUGUUAUCAUAUUUUAUUAGACUGUUUUAAGAACAAAGGGAAAUACCAAAUGCUGUUGCUUUUUAAAAUCGCGCUCUUUCUGUGUGUUUUUGCCUGCAUGGCAUGUAUGAAAUUGUGUGUCCAGCAGUUGGUGGUCACCGUGUGUCAUGGUACGCUCUGGAACUGUCAAAUGAAAUGAUGUACAAACCCACGCUUCAGUCCGCAUCAUCCACUGUGUGGGUGUGAGACUGAGAGACAUACACACUGUUUGGGUGACGUGUGUGUGUUAGGGUUGGGCUGAUAUAUGAUAAAAUCGAUAUUUGACAUUGACGGUGUUUGGGAAGUCAGUUGUACAAUUGAAUGCAUUCAACUGAAAUUAGUCUUCCGCAUUUAACCCAACCC